AUGAUUGGAAAUGCAGAGCAGCUAGAGAAUGCUGUUUGGUUGUUAUGUGUUGCAGCUUUAUGGGGUGGAACUAAUCCAUUCAUAAGACAAGGCAGUAAAGGAAUUGAAAAUAUUAAAAAAGAUAAUGCCAUCAAACAAUUUUUAUAUGAACUUGUAUUUUUAUUUACAAACUUGAAGUAUUUGAUACCUUUUGUAUUAAAUCAGUGUGGUUCAAUAUUAUUUUAUAUAACAUUAUCAUCAGCAGAUUUAUCAUUAGCGGUACCUAUUACAAAUUCUUUAACAUUUAUAUUUACAAGUAUAUCAGGCAAAUUAUUAGGUGAACAUAUAGGAUCUAAAGAAACAUAUAUUGGUAUGGUAAUGGUAAUAAUAGGUGUUUCUUUGUGUGUCAUUAGUAAACUCUAAAGUUAACUAAAACAUUGUGAUUAUUGUGUUAUAUUGUUAAAUGAAGCAAUGAAAUGAAAUAAAGAUAUUAUGAAAUCC